ACACAGGUUAAACUGGAGCACAGGGUCUUGGAGCAGUUUCCAUGUUGUUGAGGACUGAGAAAUAGGAAGGAGAAGGCAAAGAAACUAUGCAGUCACUUGAUCUGUAAGAUGUUUGCUAAAAAUCGAGAACAUGCCAGUUUAAAAAACAGCAACUGAAUGAGGGAGCGAGAAACAGCACAUAAAGCAGGGAAAGACAGAGGACAUGGAAAUUUAACAAGCAGAAAUUAAGAGGAAAUGAAACAGAAGAGCGAUAACAAAAGCUGGAAACAAGGAAAAAGCGAAGACAAGAUGCAGGUUUUGCCCUGAAACCUCUCAAAAGAAAGUGGAGAAAUAGCAGAGGAGCGAAGAAACAAAGUAACGUGCAGGGUCUGAUUAGUAUUCCGCUCACAGUGCUCCUGAGAGGAGCUGAGUACGGUGAGCGGCAGGCAGUGAAGCCUGAGACCAGCGCCAGAACUGCAGCUGGCAAGGGACAAGUAGACAGAAGGCUAGCCUAGUGCUCCUAACCACACACACAUACACAUUCACUCACACACAUUGUCUGAACACCCAGAAAGAGCUACCAACCUGCAGCCUUACAGAUGAGCGAGCUCGAUCUCGGAUUACUGUGAAAGGGCGCAGGACGGCUGUUAGCCGGCGAUGAACAUCUAUAACCUGUGUGUGUGUGAGAGAGAGGGUGAAUCAACUACCGAGAGAGUGCAGCAGGAUCUAUAAAGUGAUCGAUUGAUUUGAAAAGGAGCACCUUUCAACGCUUUCUUUUUGUUAUUGUUUGUUUGGACCGCUCUCCUGUAGGAACAGCUCUCGCUCCGGUUCCUGAAGGGAAGAACAAAAUCCCCACCAUUUUCCUGUAGGAAGAGGGAAAUUUGCAGUCCGUUCGCCUUUUAACCCGCUGCAGAACGGAAUGUCCCGGUCUUACUCAACUUUCCAGUCGAUGGCAUGUACCUAGCGUUGCGGUAAGAGAGGCCUUGGGCCAAUGAUCAUCCUCGCGGCCUAACAGCGCUUAAGGUCAAUUGAUCACCUGACUAGCGGACCCGUGACACUGCCCCGCCCCUUUCCACAAUCCCAUCACCCACCCUGCCCUGUCGAAACAAUGGAAAACCUGACAGAACUUCAGAACCCUCUGUUAGAGAAAAGCAACAAGCACGAUUACGGUUACCAGGAUGAUUAUAGCGAACAGCAACACUACCAGGAGAAGAUCUUGAACUACUUUGUGAGCAAUGGUUCUGCCAAGAACAAACCUAAAGGCAACUUCACACAUCAGCUCCUGGAUGCCAGCUCGCUGCAUCUGGCUGUCGAGGCCUUUUACCGGCCAAAUUUUAUUUUGUAUAAGGACGAGACGAAAGAGGGUGUCAAGGAUUACAGGAACGACAGCUCUGAGACAACAUUCACUGAGAGGAAAAACUUGACAAUUGAUUCCCCCGAUCAUUCAGAAUCUAAACAUGCGGAGUACACAGAAAACGAUGUCAAAAUUCAAACUGUGUCCUAUGAGGUGGAGGAAGAGGAGUUUCAUGACUGUGAGAGUGACUGCUCAAGUGACAGUGAUAGUGAAGACAACUUUAUUACGAUCCCUCCACGUGACCACCUGGGCCUGGCCAUCUUCUCCAUGCUGUGCUGUUUCUGGCCUCUCGGUAUUGCUGCUUUCUACUUCUCCCAAGGGACAAGCAAGGCUAUUGCAAAAGGAGACUAUCAGCGUGCGACCUCAGCUUCGCGAAGAGCCCUAUUCCUAGCAGCACUCUCAAUCACCAUUGGGACAGGAGUGUAUGUGGGAGUCAUUGUGGCUCUCAUUGCAUACUUGUCAAAGCCAGGACAUGUAUAGUGUUGAACUCCAGACUGGUCUUCGAGUGAUGGUUCUUCAGCUGUUUGAUUAUCCAAUUUUAUUGCCCUGUUAAUUGAGUAACCUGUGUGUAUUUUUCAUCGUAUGACCAUUUUGGAUGUGCUAUGUGGUAAUGAGGAGGGCUAAGAUGCUUGCUUCAUACCUCUGCACUGGGAGCUUUUGAGUGGUAACAGUAGCCAAGUCUCGAGUCCAUUAGUGUCUCCUCAGUCCUGGACUGGACAGCCAUGUGAGAUGCCUUGGAAGAAACAAAGCACUUUACGAUGGAAGGGAAGCGGGAUUGAGGGACACCCUACCACAUUGCCAUCUUACCCUGUUGAGCUAACACAUAAUUGGGGAUGGUGCUGCAGAUGGGGGAGAAAAGAGUAGCCUCACCUUCCCUCUUUUGAUGGCUUAAAGGAAGCAGGAAGAACAGGAAAUGCCAAAAUUGAAGGAGAUUAAGGCAAGGGGACAGGAAAUAAUUCUGUACAAAUGUAAAUAACUGGUCUAGGGCAAGAGUAGGUAAGCCAAUGUUAUUGAAAUAGGCCAUUUGCUGUUGCUAAGCAAACUAUGCCCUGGGUCAUUCUCUCUCAAUAAGCCAAUUAUGCCAUAAUUAGCUGUUUAAUGUUAAUGUAGCUGUGUCAUAAAGUCUACCUCUGAUUAUGCUCGGUCUGUUCUAAACGCUGUGUGACAUAAAAAAAAGGCCUGGAUCCCAUUAUAAAUGUACAAUCAUACUGUUUUAUUUUGUGGAAGUCAAAAAUAUUCUGAAAAUGAAA